AUGGAGGACGGACCCAUCGUGUCCCAAAAUAUUAUGGGUCUAGUCUAUGUUGACGCAAGUCGAGGAGAAGAGAUUCGCUGUCAGUUGGAAAGACUUCGAGGAGAUAAUCAGUACAUUUCGUUCAAGAAAUUUGGUCACAGGAUUAGACAUGACGCAGGAUCAGGCGAAUUUCAAUUCUUCAGACUUGAUUUAAGUUCAAAGCCAGCAAAUUAUUCAACCCAAGCGAUUUGA